UGUCGUUGGGAACUCCAAACGGGGAGAGGGAUGAACGAUCCGAUUCACCAAAAAAUUUAAUUAAUGGCUGCUGCAUGGAUCUAUAGAAAGCCAACUAUAUAUUAUCAGUCUAUCGCUUGAUCCAAUCUUCGACUGGAUUUUCCAUCGUACGAUCCCGAAAGCAAUGGCCGAAACUAAUCUGGCGUCCGGCAAAGUAUUAUGCGUAAAGAGAAAAGAAGAUAUCAGGCAGUUCGAAGCGACAGAGGACUGCUUCAUCUUGGAUUCCGAUCCCUUCGACACAAUCGACCUUUGUAAAAUCUCUCUCGAAUCAUCGGAGGAACUGGACCGGACCGGCAUUGCUGUUCUAGCUGAGAAAGGCCAGGUUGCCUGUAGAGACUAUCCGCACCCGAGGCAUCUGUGCCAGAAAUUCCCGUUUGCGACAACGGCCCAUCAGAGCUACUGUGAGCAGUGCUAUUGUUGCAUAUGCGAUAUGGCCGAGCCGUGCGAGUCCUGGACACUUCCAAAGUCGGGCCAUUGUCAUGCUACGAGAGAAAUAGCUCCCUGAAUCUGAUGAAUUUUUAGAAGCCUAAGAGCUAGCUGGAGAAGAAAUAUAUUAAUGUUGGGGUUUGAAGUCCUAAAUCUAAUCAUGGUAUUGUUUUGCUUUAGCAGCAUGAUUGAAAUAGCUCUCUGAAUCUGAUGAAUUUUUAGAGCAUAACUAAGAAAUCACAAAGGAAUGUUAUAUCGAAGUAACGUUGCGACUCUAUUUAACCCGAAGACCAGCUGUACAGCCCUACACAGCCUCCUCCUUAUUUCAAAAUUUCCCCAACUUCCUCGUUACAUCGAUGAAGCAGAAGUGUAUC